GCCCAGUCAGAGUAGAAAACCAUGACAUUAAACCCCAUUUCAUUUUCAUUUCUUUUAAAAAUAUAUUGAAUGUAUUGUCCCUUUAAUUUGAUUUUGUCUAAGAUGUAUAAAUAGAAUGCUAAGUCAUAGAUUAAUGAUCAACUCUAUCGAAGCGGUGUUUGAUAGGGACAUUGAUAACGAUUAGUUUAGUCACUUGUUUAGACCAACAAGAUGUAUCAACAGAAACUGAUUUUAUGUGGAUUAAUGUUGAUAUGUGUAUCAAGAGGCCAUAAUGAGCAAAUUAAUUACAACGGUAUUCUCCGUACAGCGGGGGAAAAGAUGCGGCAUAUUGCCAGUAGACAUGCUUCUUCACAGCCAUACUUCACAGAUGAAAAUGAUUUGUUUAGUUCAGAGAUUAGAAGAGGCUCGCUUGUAAUCGAACAAUUACUAGCCAAUUCAAGAUUAUAUGAAGAGUUACCACAGUUAGCUAUUACUGAAAAAGUUAUACAAGACAUUGGCGUCACAGUUUCACCACAAUGUCAAAAUGAUACACAAUUUAUGUUGAGUAGCAUGUUGGCCAGGGAAAAUUGGGCUUUACAGAUGUUAGAUGCAUUUGGUAAACCUGAUGCUGGAAUAUUACGUGGUGCCACCAACUGGCUGGGAGAUUAUGAAGAAUGUGUGGCUGUUGUGGCUAUAAACAAGACAGAAUAUGCUGGAGGUUUUAAAGGAAAAUAUUGUUCUGGUUCUUUAGCAAAACCGAAUACAAAGCCAGCAGCACCUGGGACUAUACCUACACCUGUGCCAAUGCUAGGAAUGUGUAUACCAGAUACAUGUAGUAAUACAGAUAUACAAUUACUAAUAAAUGGAUUACUAAUGAGAUUCAAUGUUACAUCAUUUUCAAUGCAAGGUGUCAAGUGCCAGGAAAACAAUCUACCUUUUGACAGUAAAGCUACUGCUGCAAUAUGCAUUCUUUCAAUUUUUCUAUUUUUCCUGAUAAUUGGAACAUGUUAUGACUUAUAUCUACGUUUUAUUAAGUCAGACCCUAAUAUGAAAAUACCUACCUUUAUCAGUAAAAAUAAAUAUUCAAGUACAAACAAAACCAGCUUAGAUGAAUCAAGUGCUUUGUUAAACAAUUCUUCUGUAUCAGAAGAUAAUGUUACUAAUUCAACAGCAGAUCACAUAGUAAAAAACAAUGAAAAUACACAAACUGAACAAGAUACUUUAGCUAAAAUCAUCCUGGCUUUCUCUGUUUAUACUAAUGGUGCCAAAAUACUGGACACUAAUCAACCCAAAGAUUCCUUAAGAGCAGUACAUGGAAUUCGUUUUCUCAGCAUGUCAUGGGUGAUACUGGGACAUACUUUUGCCUUUGCUCUAGUGUAUCUUACAGAUAACCUAUAUCCGUAUAUGUUGACAAGUUUUUCAAGACAGUCAUUUUCUGCUAUAAUUAAUGCUCUGGUAUCAGUUGAUUCUUUCUUUACAUUAAGUGGUUUGUUGGUGGCUUAUGUUGUUUUAACUGAGAUGAAAAAAAAUAAUGGAAGAGUUAAUUGGUUUAUGUUUUAUUUUCAUAGAUUUUGGAGAUUAACUCCAGUCUAUAUGAUGGUGUUAAUGAUAGAUGUUUGUUUACUCCGUUAUAUUGGUGAUGGUCCAUUAUGGCCACAAAAAGGGUUUGAACUAAAUGAAUGUCGUGAUACAUGGUGGACUAAUUUACUUUAUAUAAACAACUUGGUUAAAAAUGACCAUCAAUGUUUUGGUUGGUCGUGGUACUUGGCCAAUGACAUGCAGUUUUAUGUUUUGAGUCCAUUGAUGUUGGUUCUUCUCUUCAUGUCAAUGUUUUGGGGCUCUAUUGUUUUGAUCGGAUUUCUGUUUGCAAUCUGGUUGACAACUGGUCUUGUGAGCAGGUUGGAACAUAUAGCACCAGGUCCAACUUACCAGAUGGAGGGAGCAGAUACUACAGCUUAUAUGAAUGAUUAUUAUUAUGCUCCAUAUUGUCGAAUGGGACCAUAUAUUGCUGGUAUAGCAGCUGGUUAUAUCCUCUAUAUCACAGCCCAAAAAAUCAAAAUAAGAAAGAUAACAGCAAUGAUUAUAUGGUUUAUAGCUGCUGGAUCUGCUCUAGCCAUUGUAUAUGGUUUAUAUGACUAUGCCAAUGGUUCUGUAGCAACAAAAGAUGUUGGUGCAUUCUAUAAUACUGUACAUAGAACUGUAUGGGGAGCAUGUGUAUCAUGGGUGGUGAUCGCAUGUACUACCGGUUAUGGAGGUUUUGUGAAUACUAUUUUAUCAUGGAAAGGAUUUAUACCAUUGAGUCGACUAUCUUACUGUGCCUAUUUAGUUCAUCCACUGGUCAUGUUUUCGUUUUAUUUUAGUAAUAGAAAACCAUUAUUUUUAUAUGAUGUUGGUAUGGUUUACUAUUACUUUGGCAACAUGGUGGCCUCUUAUGCAAUAGCAUUUAUAGUAUCACUGGCCUUUGAGGCACCAAUGAUGGGUUUGGAAAAAGCUAUAUUUAAACGAGACAAAAAAUAGUUAAAAGAUGGGCUCCUGAAAUCCAAUAUUCAAGACAAAAUAAAAAAUUUGUCUUUGGCACACGAAUUGUGUACCAUAAUGCGUUUCAGUGCCAUUUGGAGCAAGGGACUCAAAGAACGAGGCUAGACAUAUUCCACAAGUCAUGUCAAAUGGUGACGCUAUAUUCUUAUCUGGAGAGCAUGCGCAAUAAAUACCAUCGGUUUAGACUGGAAUAACCAGACGCUAAAGAUCGUCUUCAAUUGAGACUUCUUGCAUAUUUGCCGAACCUAACUGAUUAGAAAUUGCAGUAAAAACAGAAACGAUUGAAUGUUAUUAAUCAGUUUAUAUACAUUCAUAUUACAUUAUUAUAUGCGUUGCGACCCAUUUGUGUAAAUUUCUAGAUCCCAAAUAUAAGCGAUUUAGCUCCUUUAAAGCUGGUAUAUAAAAGUCC